AUGGCUCCCGCGGCUCCACCCCCGCCUCGCCGGGUCAUCACCGCCGCGGAUCUCGCGAGCGAUCCUCGCGCGUCGUCAUCCGCCCAUACGACCCGAGACGCGGAACAGGCUCAGCUCGAGAAGCACCUCACCGCCCCGUUCACGUCCCGCGACCUGUUCGGCAUAUGCCGCGGCGCGUGCACCGUCUGCGACGCGCGCGAGUGCCCGGGCGGAUACCUCAAGGCGACGCGCGACUACGGCAAAGACGCCUGGGAGGAGGCGAGGCGCCGCGGCGAUCUGAGGCACCCGUGCAACAAGGACGACAUGACCAACUGCACGCGGUGCGGGUGCGAGGCUGGGAAACACGCGGUGGACGAGGGAGCGGACGCGCGCGAGCGCGGGAACGACGCGUUCGCGCGGGGCGACUACCACAGGGCGCUCCUCGCCUACUCCAAGUAA